AUGGCCUUCAAGAAUGGUCUGAGUGAACGCCUGGACGAGCUGCGUUUCCCUUCUCCCAGGUCUCCGUCCGAGUCCCCGUUCCCGGCAUAUAGCCCGCUUGCCGGACACUCGAAUCUCAUCUCGUCCUUAUCGCGUCCCCCCAGCGAUGUGCGCUCGAACCUCCAGCGUCGGUUCACUACCGACUCGAGUAAGCUCUCUUCGUGGAGCUAUCUGAAUCAUGGGGCAACUCAGCUGCCGGAUCUAGAUCUGCUGUCUUCGGCCAACUUCCUCUACAAAUCUCAGCUCUUUGAGAAGAAGCGCCAGCACAUAGAAUACAUGCGAGAACAGAGAAGACGUUUCGAAGAAGACAUGAAGCUGUUGGACCUGCAGCACGAGAAGGAGAAGCAGGAAAUGGAUCAGCUUGCUCGGGACCUGGCCAAGGUGGGCAUGUCUGGCCCAGUCAGCGAACCUACGACUCCCCCAGAGUAUCGUGACAGUGGCUUCCCAGGCGUCUUCUCUCGCCCAGCACGCUUCUCAACUUCAAGCGUCACUUCUACCGGUUUUCUUAACGCAUUUUCUCCAAGUCAGCCAACUUCCACCCAGACCUCGACCCAACGUUUCUCUGUCCACUCCGUUCCAGGUUCCCGUAGGAACUCUGAAGAGAAGGACAUUUCUUUCCAGGACUCUUCAUCGUCUGUGCGCCCAGGACCUUUCCUUCACCGUUACUCAAUGCCUUCCUCUGGACUAACUUCCCAGGUUCGCCCCAACAUGGCUGUCUUCAACAACCCCUCCAACUUUGAUUCCUUCUCUGCUGCCAAAUACUUGUUCCACGGUGACGAAGAGCAGUCGUCUUCAAAAGACGGUGAUCGAGUGUCCACGCCAGAUAUCAAGAGCUACCUUAAGAUGACUGAACCAGACGAUAAGUUUCUUACCCUGUCACGUCGUCACGAUUCCGGGUUGCUUUCAGAAAACUCAGACACACUGGAUCUAGCAAACUCCCGUACCCCAGGACCUGAGCCUUGGAACACGCACAGCCGCCAUCGGUUUACUCACCAGAGCAUGCCUCAGAAUACGUUGAAUAUGUUUCGCCUUGAACAGCUUGGAGCCUCCACCAGCGAGAAGCCCUCAAAUGCGUCCCAGCCAUCUCGUCAUCUUUCAAGACACUCCCUGGAAGCAAACCUUCUCUGUGACAAUGAAGUGACCCAUGAAGACAUUGCCUCAGUAACGCCUAACCGUCCCGAUUCCAUGCAGUCAUCCUAUUCCGGAAAUGAGGUCUCCACUGCUAAGGGCAAAGAUUUUAAUGGCCCUCUCACCUCUCCCAAGAUGAGCGCAGACUCGUUCCAGCCAUCUAACGCCAGCUUUGGAAGGAUCCCCGCAAACGUUGCGAAUAAUUCUCCUGAGCGUGAUGAAGCUAAGCCCACAGCAACCUACCCCCAGCAGACCACACUUCAGGCUAGCGCCGCGCCAUUUGGUCCUCAGUUAACUUCUACAGCCUCCACUACAAGCGCUCCGGGACCCAUUCCCCCAGCCGGGCUAACCAACUUCCAGGUUCCUUAUUAUGGAUAUCCUCUACCGGCCUACAUGGGAAGCCCAGCGCCAGUCAAUGGUCAGGCUCAGAACUACAAUCUAUCCAGUCCUUAUUCGGGCUACGGUGCAUAUGGCAACUAUCGCUUCGCUGAGAGUCCGGGCAGGGCUGUCAGCACUCGCCGCAGUGGGGAAGGAGAGUCUCUCCAACUGUCCCGCUUCUCGAAUUUCCCUCUGGAGCAUUACAAAGGGGAACUGUAUGGCUUGUGCAAGGAUCAGCAUGGCUGCAGAUAUCUUCAGAGAAAAUUAGAGGAGCAGAACCCGGAGAAUGUUCAAAUUAUCUUCAAUGAGACUUAUCGCCAUGUUGUGGAGCUUAUGACCGACCCCUUUGGUAAUUACUUGUGUCAGAAAUUACUCGAGUAUUCCAAUGACGAUCAGCGGACUGUUCUCAUUGACAAUGCGGCUCCCCAACUUGUGAAAAUCGCAUUGAACCAGCACGGCACUAGAGCUUUGCAAAAGAUGAUAGAGUUCAUCUCAACCCCAGGACAGACUCAGACCGUGAUCGAUGCUCUCAAGGACCACGUUGUGGAGCUGGUUCAGGACUUGAACGGUAACCAUGUGAUACAGAAAUGCCUCAACCGCCUGUCUGCGGAGGAUUCUCUGUUCAUCUAUGAUGCAGUCGGUGCAAGUUGCGUGGUCGUUGGGACUCACCGUCAUGGAUGCUGUGUCUUGCAGCGCUGCAUUGAUCAUGCGUCUGGCGAACAGAGAGCUCGUUUGAUCGCUCAGAUAACCGGUAAUGCUUUUGCCCUUGUACAGGAUCCGUUUGGCAACUACGUCGUGCAGUACAUUUUGGAUCUUGCCGAGCCCCAUUUUACCAAGCCUCUCUGCCAGAGCUUCUGUGGAAACAUCCCCGCCUUGUCAAAGCAGAAAUUCAGUUCAAAUGUGAUUGAGAAGUGCCUUCGCACUGCAGACAACCAAGUCCGUCGCCAGAUGAUUGAUGAGAUGCUUGCUGGAAACGAGCUGGAGAAGAUGCUUCGUGAUUCUUUUGCAAACUAUGUGGUUCAGACUGCAAUGGAUUUUGCCGAUUCAGAGACACGAGCCCGGAUUAUCGAUGCGGUUCGCCCCAUUUUGCCUUCCAUCCGUCAGACUCCCCAUGGCCGCCGCAUUGCCGGUAAGAUGAUGGCAUCUGAAGGCUCUGGGAAAGGGAGCGCAGCAACCAGCGGGCAGGUUACGCCGAACGAAAUGAAUUCUUCCCAGCUUCCGGGGCCCCUGCAGGCUACACAGAAGCCUUUUUUGUACCAACACAAUUCUUACCCUUCAUCGAACACUGGUAACCAGUUCAGUAGCCAGACUUUUGGUUCCGGUUCUGUUUCCAAUACCCCCUCUGGUGGAACGAGCGAGGCCUCCUCGGUUAUUUUUUCCCAAGUCCAGCAUGCCAAUGGCAAUCUUGGUACCCAAGGCCAGUUGUAUACAUACUAUUGA